AUGUCCAAUAAUGCGGGCAGGUAUCUGAAUCUUCAUAGUGAUGGGACGAAUCUUACUCCUCCAUUAGUCGUUAACUACAAUGAAUAUUUAAUAUUGAAUAUUGAAAAUUUUUUAAUAUUGAAAUUUAAUAUUGAAAAUUCGCAACGCUUGAAUUUGAGACGACCUAAACUGUUCAUUUCAACCAAGCAGAAUUAUUUUAUUAGCUGGACCGAAACUGAGGAUGGCUGCAUUUUCCAUGAUUCUUUUGAUGGUGAUAUCAGAGCGAUAGCGAAUGAUUUACGCCAGAUUGAUGGGUUGCGUGAUUUUAUAAUAAAUCCGGGAUUAUCCAUUUGUGACAAUAUUAAGCUGAACGUUUUUAACGUUCAUCAUCAGCCGACUUUUAUACUGACUACAGGGUAA